AUGUCCUCCAUGCAAAAAGUCUUUGCCAACUAUGCCGCACGACAGGCUGUUCUAGAAGCGAGCAGCAAUCCCCUAGCCAAGGGAAUAGCCUGGAUUGAAGGGAAAUACGUUCCACUCGCCGAGGCACGCAUCCCACUUCUCGACCAAGGCUUCAUGCACAGUGACUUAACCUACGAUGUGCCAGCCGUCUGGGACGGUCGAUUCUUCCGCCUAGACGACCACCUUGAGCGAUUGGAGGUGAGCUGCGGCAAGUUGCGCCUAAAGCUACCUCUACCCCGAGAAGAGGUCAAGCGGAUUCUGGUUGACAUGGUCGCCAAGAGCGGGAUCCGCGAUGCUUUCGUGGAAUUGAUUGUCACUCGGGGCCUGAAGGGUAUUCGGGGCACCAAGCCCGAAGACAUGAAGAACAGUCUUUAUAUGUUUGUUCAGCCCUACGUUUGGGUCAUGGAGCCCGAGGUGCAGACUACUGGUGGUAGCGCCAUCGUGGCCCGCACCGUUCGCCGUGUUCCUCCUGGUGCUAUUGACCCCACCGUUAAGAAUUUGCAAUGGGGAGAUCUCGUCCGCGGCAUGUUCGAGGCGUCGGACCGUGGUGCUACUUACCCGUUCUUGACCGAUGGUGAUGCUAAUAUCACUGAGGGGUCCGGCUUCAAUAUAGUCUUCGUCAAAGACGGUGUGCUGUACACGCCUGACCGUGGCGUCCUGCAGGGUAUCACGCGGAGGAGUGUUAUUGAUGUCGCGCGGGCAGCGGGAAUUGAAGUUCGCGUUGAGGUUAUUCCGGUAGAGCUGGCGUACAACGCUGACGAGAUUUUCAUGUCCACUACCGCUGGGGGUAUCAUGCCUAUCACUUCACUGGAUGGAAAACUGGUGAAUGGGGGCCAGCUCGGUCCGAUUACCAAGGCUAUUUGGGAUGGAUAUUGGGCUAUACACUAUGACCCGGCUUUAAGCUUCCAAAUCGAUUACAAUGAUAAGAAGUCUGGCGCGAAUGGACUUGGAAAGCUGUAA